AUGUCGGACAAUGUCGCUAUAACGUGGGCGCCAGAGCCGCGACUGUCGGACGGCAUGAAUGCUGCUGAGGACAUGAACAGGUCUGGGGAAUAUGGUGGGACUGGCCUCGACGACAAUCAAACAGAUCUCUCCCAGAGUGUUGGCACAGCGACAAACACGCAGAGAAACACUCCUAUCGCCCUCUCCGCUCAAGAGCGAGCUGACUUAGUGGAGGAUGAUGAGUUCGACGUCGAUGCGGCCCUACCGUGGUCGACGGGGUCGCCGGGACUUACCCCGUCCGCAACCCAACAGUCCUAUUCUUCGUCGAACCACAAUUCCUUCAGUUCGCUAAACAGCCUUACGGGGCGUGACAGCGAUUUCGGUUAUCAAAUGGGGAGUCCAACCAACAACCGCACCCUCACAACCAGACACUCACGAAGUCUAAAUCGCGGCCAUCGUUCACCUCACUCAAAAUCUUUCUCGACUUCUUCCGCAACCACAAAGAGUGUCAAUAACGAACGUCCGACUUAUCCUGCUCAGUCAAUCGAGGAACUGAGAGGGCACCUUCAUGCCCCGAGGCCCACACGGCCACUACGGACGAAAAGCUCGCUUCCUGCCCAGAACCUCCUGUACAACGAGAUGUCCCUCUGGACCCAACAGACUCGAGAUCGAAAUUCUGGCAACGUUCACGGCACUCGGACUGCAGACAACACACCCAUGUCCAGCCCAGGUCUCCGGUCAGACGAUCGAGCUUCCUCUGGCGCAUCCCUUAAUGACCUAGAUAGGGAGCCUCAUCGCCUACCACCACAGACAAUCAAUACUGUCACUGUCGGUCACGACAUGUACUCGGGCAACAAAAUCAUCAAUGACUAUGAGGUCAUCGAGGAGAUAGGUCGCGGCGAACAUGGCAAGGUCAAGCUUGGGCGCGAUCUCAGGAAGGAAACAGUCGUCGCUAUCAAGAUCGUACCGCGCUUUUCAGGCAAACGACGCCUCGGCCGAUUAGGAACUCCAGAAGAUCGGACGAAGCGAGAAGUCGCCAUACUCAAGAAAGCAAGACACCCGAAUGUCGUGAGUCUUCUCGAGGUCAUCGAUGACCCCAACAAGAACAAGGUCUAUCUCGUCCUAGAAUAUGUUGAGAAAGGCGAGAUCAAGUGGAGAAAGCCAGGCGUGCGUGAGGUUACGGCUGUUAACAACAACCGGUUCCAGCAGGAGCGCAGAGGCUUUGCAGUUUCACUCGAACCCACCGACCAAGAUCUCUUCAGCGUUGCCCAGGCAAAACGCCGCCAUGAAAACGCACUACGAGCGCAAGCUUUCCGAGCUCUGACCUCGCACCGGCCAACACAUCCAGAACAUUGGGGUGAAGAUGUAGAGGAGGAGGAGGACCUUCGCGGCAUAUCUCGUUCUGCGUCCAGAUCAUUGUACGAGCCUAGCAACAUUAGCGGAACACACUCUGAAUAUGAACCCCUUGAGGGUUCUUUGGCAGGAAGCAUGUAUGGUGCGUACGCACCAGAAGAUUACACGUUCACUCGGAAGUUCAGCGUCGCGGGCAGCCUGAGCGCCAUCUCACACGUGUCCUCAGAGUGGGAUUUCGACGCCACAGACGACGAGCACGCAUAUGUCCCGGCCUUGACACUGGAGGAGGCUCGGCGUGCCUUCAGAGACACCCUCUCAGGUCUUCAGUUCCUGCACUUUAUUGGUAUCAUCCACCGCGACAUCAAGCCAGCCAAUCUCUUGGUAUCAAGCAACGGUACAGUGAAAAUAUCGGACUUCGGAGUUUCAUACCUUGGCCACCCGAAGGAUCCUGAGACAGAUCCGGAAUUCGAUCUCACAGAGCACGAUGUGUCGGCGAUAGACGACGAGAGAGAACUGGCGAGAUCAGUUGGCACUCCCGGUUUUUGGGCUCCUGAACUGUGCUGGGAGGAUUCCUCCAUGUUCGAAGAGAAGGACGGGCCGAAAAUCACCGGUGCCAUCGAUCUCUGGGCGCUGGGAGUCACACUAUACUGCAUGGUGUACGCUCGCCUGCCAUUUUAUGCAACUGAAGACAUGGGACUCCACGAGGCGAUUUGCACGACCGAGGUCUUUUUGCCAAAGACCCGACUUGUCCCCGUGGACACUAGUCAAGAGAAGCCUACUUCCCAGGUUCCGAAUUCGAUCAACAGCAACAAGCGGCUUGAUUACGAGCUCAAGUUUGAGGCAGUCCCUGAUACCGUGCGUGACCUUGUCCGUCAGCUUUUGAUCAAAGAACCGACAAAGAGAAUGACUAUUGAGCAAGCAAAGAAGCACCCAUGGGUUGUGGAGGGCCUGCAGGACCCAUCACAAUGGAUCAAGAGUCCUGAGCUGGGGAAAGAAGGCAAGAAGAAAAUCCUGGAUGUGGAUGAAUCGGAAUUAUCGGGUGCAGUGAGCAGAAUGAACAUCAUUGAGAAGGCUCUCAGUACAGUCGGUCGAGGUAUAGGGAGCUUGCUCGCAAGAAGCACUGGGCGGAAACGUGCUCCCAGUGGUGCAACAUCUACCAGUCGCUCGAGCGAGUCGUUUCAUUCCCCGUCAGCCUCCAGUGCCAGUACAGUGGGCAAGAGCGAGCGAGAGAAACUCCGCGAAGCACGCCGCUCAAGUUUGCGCGGUGACGAACUUCUAACGGCCUUGAAGACUUCAAGAGAGAACACCGAACACCCGUUGGCACAAAGUCAGACUGCUAGCCCGGACGACUCUGCACAUGAUCAGUAUUUUAGUGGACAUUUGCCCGCUGGAACAGUUGCAUCGCCAAUCUCCAGUGCUUCAGCGAGACACGAAACAAGACCUCCCGCACCGGAUCGCUCGGUCUCGACCAUGUCCAAUGCGGAAUCGAUCCGAACGAUUAGAGCGUCGCAUUUCAACCGACUCCACGUCCCUUUUCCCGAGACACCGCGAGACGAACGUCCGGCUUCGCAAGACAGAGGCUUCAGAGCCAGAGUUGAUGGUCUUUGGGAAGGUACAGCAAAGACGCUUGCACGGCUCGGAAGCAGAGAUCGACGUGCACCGCGAGAUGAACGUUCACCGGCUUCAAGUCGCCAUUCGUCAGAAAGUGACGCGUACGCAGGACCUAGCGUCGCUGUAAGCACAGCCUCAGCCGAGGGUUCUAUCGAGCCGCCAGACGUGUUGCGAACUGAAAUACCUAUGACCGACAAUACCUCUCCUGUACCACUGCAUCUCCCUAUUCAUGGCAACAAUAAGACUUCAUUCCAACCACCAGCAUCUACCCCUGAGGCAUUCGAGCACGCCCAAGAAGUCAACCAGCGCCGCCUUCUUCAGGAAGCUGAAGCCCAAGCAGCAGCUGCCGCGCAAGCUGCUUUGCAACCUCCAGCCCAGGUGACGGCUCAGUGUCCCCCUUCGCCCGAUGACAUUACCUUUCUCGAGAAGCAUCACGCACGAGCCAUGAAUGAACCGACAGGGUUCUCACUCGGCUCUAAUACCAUCCAUGGCGGUCCGUCUGCCAGCACUAUCGCCUCUUCACUUGAUGGUUAUGGAACGAGCAGCGUCUCGCAGAGCUUGUCAAAUCCCAGCAUUGGAAUCAUUUCCGGUGCUUCUUCUCCACCUGGCGAGGGCUUCUUCAGCUAUUCCGACGCUCCUGCGAAGGCAGUCGUCACGAAGGAGCCCGAGCCCGAGUUUAUGCGCACAGCGGAUACGGUGAUCAAGCAUGGGAAGUCGGCGCAGGUGGCGACAGCACCCGCCCUCGAACAUCGCGGGUACGAUGACGACGAGGAUGAGGAUGACUCUGACGACGGAAUGAUGAUGCCAGCUUCGUGCAAGAAGCCGCUGUAA